AUGAAGAAAUUGUUGGAGUCUAUCAAUUCAAGGCUCCAGGUAGUGAUGAAAAGUGGCAAAUAUGUGCUAGACUAUAAACAAACCCUGAAAAUGAUCAGACAAGGCAAAGCCAAAAUAGUCAUCUUAGCCAACAGCUGCCCAGCCUUGAGGAAAUCAGAGAUUGAAUAUUAUGCUAUGUUGGCCAAAACUGGUGUACAUCACUACAGUGGCAACAACAUUGAAUUGGGUGUAGCAUAUGGGAAGCACUACAGAGUUUAUACACUGGCUAUCACUUGA